CCAGCAGCCAGGCUGGAGGCAGCAGCCGCUCUCGCACGAUAGACACGGUAUCCUUCUGUGUGUAUGCCCUCUGUAUACUGUAUCACUAACAUUGCAACCUAUGGAGUGACAGCAGGGCUAUGGAUGGACUUUCAGAGUUAGUCUAUAAUGAGAAUAUUUUGCCAUCCAGAGGAUUAAAAACGUGAAUAGAGUAAGUGCUGAACUACAUGUAUGGUUGGGAGCCAUACAGGAUUUCCUGUUCAUUGAACUGGGAUUAUAAGAGGGGCUGACUGAUGGCCGUAUGAAUUGGACCCUGUACUGCGAUGGAAACGUGGCCGGCAGUGGCCUGGUUCCUGCUGUUAAGUCAUAUAGCUGACUGGUUGAAAACGGUCCACUCACGAGACUUUACAGUCCAAGACAUAGUAUUUCUCUAUCCAUCAACAACGCCGUACCCCGGGGGUUUCAAAUGUUUCACCUGUGAAAAGGCAAAAGAUAAUUACGAGUGCAAUCGCUGGGCCCCAGAUGUCUACUGCCCAAGAGAUACAAGAUAUUGUUACUCUCAGCACGUCAUGGAUGCCUUGGGGGAGAGUUUGUUGGUGACAAAGCGCUGUGCCUCAUUGGAGCACUGUCUGAGCACAGGAUGCAGAGAAGAUGGGCAUCAGGGUCACAAGAUGUGCACUUCUUGUUGUGAAGGGAAUAUCUGUAACCUGGCGUUGCCUAGAAACGAGACGAAUGCCAUCUUUGCAACAACAUCUCCCCUCAGUAACUCUCAGAGACAUUCGCUCCACAUCUUCAGCCUCUUAUUAUGUAUUUUAUACACCUUGUGGAUUCUCAUAACGUAGAUUUCAAAACCGUCAACAAGAAUGGGGCCAACUAUUAAACUGUAUAAAGGGUUUAUUUAUGCCACUUUCCGUGUAAUGUAGGUUGUACAUUUUGUAGAUAAUCUUUUUUUUAUGUUCUGAUCAUUUAAAAAUCACUAGAUUGUUUUGCAAGAACAAAUGUAUUAUUGCCUAGUGGUUAAAUGAUGUUUAUAUAAGUUUCAUGAGACUAGAACAAUGGCUGCCUUUAAAGGGGGGUACUCACGGAGAGUUCCAUGCUUAAAAUCUAAGCAAUCUGACUAGAUUGCUUAGAUUUUAAGCACAGAUCACUCGUGUGUACCCCCCUCAGCGAUAGCGAUGCGCGGCCUCGCAAAUCGCUAUCGCCGGUGCUAGAUUGGCCUGCAUGCAGGCCAAUCUAGCACGUCGCU